AUGAUGCCACCGCGUCUCUCCAUAGAGCUCGACCGUACCGAUCCCGGCGUCCCUUUCCGUGCAUCCCACUCCCACAUCCACCACACAUGGGCCCGAACCUUCCACUCGCGACCGGAGCUCUACAUCCGUCCCCAGAGUCUCGAGGAGGUUCAAAAAGUCGUCAAUCUCGCACGUCGCAUGCGGAGACGGGUUGUUACUGUAGGAUGUGGACAUUCACCUUCGGACCUAACAUGUACUUCAUCAUGGAUGAUCAACCUUGAUGACUUCAACCAGAUCUUGAAGGUCGACAAGGAGCGUAGAACAAUGACAAUUCAGGCUGGAAUACGCAUGCACAAUUUGAAUCUCCAGGCAAAAUCUUACGGUUUGACCAUGCCAAACUUGGGCUCUAUCGACGUUCAGUCUCUGGCCGGAGCCAUUGGCACAGCGACACAUGGUAGCUCAUAUAGCCAUGGAUUACUCUCGGACCGCGUUCAGAGUUUGCGCAUAGUACUGGCCAAUGGGCAAGCUGUUCGUUGUUCUCCGCAACAAUCCCCCGACCUCUUCCGAGCUGCAUUGGUAUCUUUGGGUGCGUUGGGUAUAAUUGUCGAGAUCGAAUUCCAAAUGGUUGAGGCGAACAAUAUUGAAUGGGUACAGACCAUUCGACCUAUUGAAGAUGUCCUGGCAGAUUGGAACAACGGACUGUGGACUUCCAAUGAAUUCGUCAGAGUAUGGUGGCUACCGUAUAUGAAGCGCGCGGUUGUAUGGCGUGCAGACAAGACGGAAAAAGCACACCGGGCACCCGAAUACAACUGGUACGGUGGUAGUGUUGGCUAUCAUACCUAUCAUAUCUUACUCUGGAUAUCGCAAUACGUCCCACGUUUCCUGCCCUGGGUAGAAUGGUUCGUCUUCGGCAUGCAAUACGGUUUCAAAGAUGGGGCCGUCAUCUCUGCCGUCGGUGAACAACGUACUGAACUUCUCAUGAACUGUCUCUACUCUCAGUUCGUCAACGAAUGGAGCAUUCCUCUCGAAAAAGGCCCCGAGGCCUUAACUCGCAUCACAAACUGGCUCCACGGCGAUGAGAAAUCCUCCGGUCUCCCAUUCAGCACUAAAGGUCUAUACGUCCACUCUCCCAUUGAAGUCCGUCUCGCAAACACUGUUGAUCGCGAGCCGCGUCCAUACCUUGACACCUCUUACGCGCAUACACCUUCCCUGUAUCUCAAUGCCACACUGUAUCGUCCCUAUGGCCAGGAUCCCCCUUGCAGAGAACGCUAUUACGAAGCUUUUGAGCACUUGAUGAAAGAGUACAAUGGCCGACCUCAUUGGGCAAAGAACUUUCAAUCCGUCGAUUACAACUAUCUCUCGUCAGUGUAUGGUGACGACCUUGAUGAAUACAAUCGUGUCCGCAACGAAGUUGAUCCUGAAGGCAUGUUCCUUGGUGCUUGGCACCGCCGCACCAUUCUGCCACCCAAGGCUGAUCUACCCUUGCUGCCUCUUGAAGAGAAGGAAGUCUUACGCCGAAGUCGCCGUACAGGUGGUGUUGACUGGAUCGGUGAGCAGGCACGUUGGUUCGAUGGCGGUCUUGACGUUUUUGAAAAGGCCGGCAGUGAAUCUGGAGAAAGCUUCGACCUCAUGGCCGAGGCUGAGGCGCAAAAUAGCGUACUGUUGGAAGGAUUGGCUGACGAGUUGAUUGUCACCGAGGACAGUUAUGAUAUGGAGACUGAAGGCAGGAUGAGAGAGGGCACGGAGCAAUAUAUGACCGGAACGAAUGUCUUCAAUAAAAUGUGA